AUGACAUAAAUGGCUAUGGAGAAUGACUCAACAGUGACUGAAUUCAUUCUCACAGGACUGACAGACCAACCUGAGCUCCAGCUAUCUCUCUUCAUCCUGUUUCUGGUGAACUAUGUCAUCACAAUUUUGGGAAACUUGAGUUUAAUGAGUCUCAUUUUCCUGAAUUCAAACCUGCAGACUCCCAUGUACUUUUUUCUAUUUAAAUUGUCCUUAAUUGACUUAUGUUACACCUUUGUCUUUACUCCCAAAACACUAAUGAGUUUUGUUUCAGAGAAAAACACCAUCUCCUUUAGAGGAUGUAUGACUCAGCUGUUUUUCUUCUGCUUUUUUGCCAACUCUGAGUGCUAUGUGUUGACAGCCAUGGCCUAUGAUCGUUAUGUAGCCAUCUGUCAACCACUUUUGUACAUGAUCAUCAUGUCUCAUAGGAUAUGUUCCCUGAUGAUGCUUGGAUCAUACUUGAUGGGGUUUGCUGGUGCCAUUGUCCACACAGGAUUUAUGAUCAGGCUACACUUUUGUAAUUCUAACAUCAUCAACCAUUACCUGUGUGAUAUCUUCCCCCUUCUGCAACUCUCCUGUAGUAGCACAUAUGCCAAUGAGCUUGUGAGUUCUGUUGUUGUCAGCACAGUAGUCAUUGCAUCUAGUGUUGUCAUUUUAAUGUCCUAUGCUCUGAUUCUUUUUAAUAUCACUCAGUUGUCAUCAGGUAAGGGUUUGUAUAAAGCCAUGAGCACCUGUAGUUCUCACAUAAUCACUGUGGCCUUAUUCUAUGGAUUUGGUAUGCUAACACAUAUCAAAACAUCAUCUGAUAAGUCUGAAGAUCAGGGGAAAAUUCUCAGUGUAUUUUGUACAUUUUUGCUGCCAUUAUUGAACCCAUUUAUAUACAGUCUCAGGAAUAAGGAUGUGAAGCUUGCUCUAAAGAGAACUCUGAGGAGAUUCACAGUGAGUUAA